AUGGUAUCAAUCAGACCAUGUCAAAUUGGUGACUUAAUGUCAAUGCAAAAUGCAAAUUUAACAUGUUUACCAGAAAAUUAUCAAAUGAAAUAUUAUUUAUAUCACUUUUUAACAUGGCCACAAACUUCUUUUGUUGCUGAAGAUGAUAAAGGAAAUGUUGUUGGUUACGUUUUAGCUAAAAUUGAUGAAAAUGAACCAAAAAGAGGACAUAUUACAUCAUUAGCAGUUUUAAGAUCACAAAGAAAAUUAGGUAUUGCAACUAAAUUAAUGAAACAAGCAGAAGUUGCAUUAUUAGAAGUUUAUGAUGCUGAUUGUGUUUCACUUCACGUUAGAAAAUCAAAUAGAGCCGCUUUCUCUUUAUAUCAUGAAGUUUUAAAAUUCAAAAUUGAUGAAAUUGAAAAAGAAUAUUAUGGUGAUAAAGAAGAUGCAUAUUCAAUGGUUUUAUAUCUUAAACCAGAAGUUGAAGAAGAAAAAGAAAGAGAGAAACAAUUAGAAAAAAUUAAUAAAGCUGCAAAAGAAUCAAUUGAAGCUGCAAAACGUGCAAACGAAGAACCAAAACCAGUUUCAAAUGUUAUUCAUGGUAAAAAGAAAAAUGUAAAAAAAAUAGAAUAA